CUAACUGCAUCCACAUCACAACAAUCAGAAAAUCCAGAGAAAAACAAGGAAGUGAACGGUCACGUAACUCUGAACUGUUAUCGCCGUUUUUAGUAUUAAAACGGUCCUGAUAGAAAAAUACAUAACUUCAGAAUCAUCGUCUUCGACUCAGAAAACCACACACCAAUUCAGGACAAUGAACAACAAAGGUUCCUAUCCCCAGCAAGCUGUGUACCCACAGCAGAGCAGUGCACCCAUCUACCCCCCUGCAAUGCAAGUGUCUCCUCAGGCACCCCCUUACACAGAUGCACCACCUGCAUACUCUGAGAUUUAUCAGCCCAGGUAUGUGCACCCAUCUCAGGCUGGCCAGCUACAGCAAAUGGCCCAGUACCCUGGCACUCAGAUGUACAUGCAACUGCCCCAGUCCAUGGCUGUUGGACCAAUGGGCCACAACGUCCCCAUGGCAUACUACCCCAUGGGAGCCAUGUAUCCCCCUGGCUCCGCUGUGCUAGUGGAGGGAGGAUAUGAUGCUGGUGCUCGAUUUGGUCAAAGCAACAGUGCUUCCAUCCCUCCCCCACCUCCUGGCCACAUGCCUAAUGCAGCUCAGCUGGCCGCCAUGCAGGGUGCCAACGUCAUGAUGACACAGCGCAAGAACAACUUCUUUAUGGGUGGUUCCAAUGGUGGGUACACCAUCUGGUAACAGCCAGCAUUUGCCACAACUUCUCCCCAUACUCCUCUCCCUCAUUCAAAAUGAUGAUUCCCUUUCCUGUCCCAUCCGCCAACCCCUUUCGGGCUGCUUGGCCAUGCCACAAUACUGAUAUC